AUGUUACCGAGAUACAACCCUUUACCAUCAAAAAUUCCCACGAGAAUAGGCUUUGGCUUGAAAGUUUUGAACAAUGGCCGAAAGUAUGCACACGAUUGCACUGGAAAUAUACGCAGUGCAAAUGUGGGGUAUCAUAAUAGCUGUGUGCCCAUGAUUAAAAACGAAUUUGCUCUCCAAAAAACGAAUAACAAGAAAGUACCGGUGCCUCUUCAACGAGUUUUACAGUCGUCGUCCGCAAACAACAUCUUCAUACACCUAAAAGGAUAUGGAGAGCGCUCACGACCCGAGUUUGAGCGCCCGAUAACGCUCGAGGAGCUCAAAUCAAUAGACUAUGAGUCAGGGAAACAUUUUGUUCCCCAGUCGUUCUCAGACACAUUCGCAUUUCUUAUUGUAAAGGGACUGCGCGCAUUUGCAGAUCUAUACUUUCAAAAGGACUAUUUGCGUCGUGUGGUUGUUCUUGAAACGGUUGCUGCUAUACCGGGAAUGGUAGGGGGAAUGUUCAGGCACCUCUAUAGUUUGCGUAAUCUUGAGGACAACGGUGAGGCCAUCAAGAAACUGGUACUAGAGGCAGAAAAUGAGCGACAGCAUCUCUUAACAUUUCUAGCCGUGCUUAAACCAAAUAUUUUGGACAGAAUGCUGAUCAGGCUAGGUCAAUUCCUAUUCUUCAACGGCUAUAUGGUUUUCUACUUUAUGACACCAAAGACCGCUCACAGAUUUGUUGGGUAUCUUGAAGAGGAGGCUGUUAGAUCGUACGAUGCGUUUGAGGAGGAAAUACUGGUAGGACAUAUAAAAAAUGUUGAUGCUCCGAGAAUAAGCAAGGAUUAUUGGAACUUGCCAGAAGAGGCAACGCUCGUCGAUGUGGUUCGGGCUGUCCGGGCUGACGAGGCUGAGCACCGUGAUGUAAAUCACAGGAUGGCAGAUAACAAAGCAUUCUCUCUCGGCGACAACCCGUACUAG